AUGAGUUAUGGUUUGAACCGUGAAAGCCACUCGCUUUUCAUCGCCCAGGGCACGCAGGACGACCUCGAGCGCCACGAAACGCUGGAGAGCCACAUGAACUUCAUCCUCACCUACACCGAAAAAGCUAAUGGCUCCAUGGAGACUCUCCAGCAAGCGCUCACCGAAAGCACACAGCAGAACCUGGAGUUGCAAAGUAGCCUGAACGCCAUUAAGGAACAGAUGACAGAUAUGCUCAGAGAACAGCACAAUCUGCAAGAACAAGUCCGUGUACUCGCGUCACGGGUGCACGAUGGUCAGCAAGAGUGCCAAAGGAUGGCGGAAAGCGUAGACGUCAGGCUGGAGGAGAUGCUGUCGCGGUCCUGGUCGCAAGGCAAGUUCGUGUGGUACAUCAAGCCCUACAGCGUUCUGCGGAGCCAACAGGAAAACGGCGAGAUUGCACGCGUUGUCAGCGCACCCUUCUACACGGCCGUCCCUGGCUACAAGUUGCGCCUGAUGGCCGACCUCAACGGCUACGGCGAGGGACGCGGAAGCCACCUGUCUCUGUUCCUGCAGGUAAUGCAAGGAAAAUUUGACUGCGUGCUCGACUGGCCAUGCAAGUACGAGCAUGUGCUGCGCGUGGUGGACCAGACGGGGCGUGGCAUGCACCUGGACCGGCAGCACUCGUUCCGCAGCAUCCCGUCCAAGAGCAAGCACCUGAUGGGGCGGCCUGUCAACGAGUGUAACGUGCCCAUUGGCUUCCACACCAUGGCGCCGCUAUCCGAGCUGCACAACGAGCGCUCCGGCUUUAUCCGCAACGACACGCUCGUCAUCGUUUACCGCUGCAGGAUAUGA